CGAAUUCCAAGUUCUGAACUUCGACAGUUUGCCUGUAGCUAUGGCGGACUCCAAUGAAGAGGACAUGCCGCCACUGGAGCCAAUUUACACAGACUUCAGCCCCUUCGUCAAAUUACUCCAACAUGUUCAACCCUCAACAGACCCAGCCGAUCAACCCCAGCAUGCCAAGGAUAAGACUGGUGCCCCUCGGCCCUGGGUGUCGGAGCAGGUGGACAACAGCUUUGCAGAAACCCAGUCAGUGGCCGCCACGGGGAGCUGGGUCGACGGCGACUUCGGGGAGUGCGUCAGCAGAGUGGAAAAAUUACUGGCUAGACAGACCCCUCCUCCGUGGGUGAAUGAUUCAUCCCACGAGAACACACACUCACUGAGCCCGCAGCUCAGGCCUGCCGAUGAGCAGACUGGCGGGUACCCCAGGCAACGCCCAACGGCGGCAGAAUUAGCUGCUCAAGCCAACACCGCUGACGAGGGUGGCUGGCUCAUCUUUGACCCAAACCUGAAGGAGGAAGUCAGCCUGAAACAUGCUGCGGAGGAAUUUCUGGCCAUGUACCCACCGUCCAGAGUCAGAGAAGUGAAGGGAUCAGCAAUUCACUGGAUCUCGGCCAAAGCACCAAGAGUGAGGAAUUACAUGAAAAGGAAGUGUGACGAUGGUAAAAUCAAAUACCAAGGCGAGGACGUUGAUGGCCUCUGUGAGGCCUUUGAGGACUUAGUGCAGUCGGGAAGACCUGUGACUUUCGAGAAGAUCAAACAGAUUGCUGUGGACAACAGAUGUCUGGUCGGCAAGUGGCUAGUCUGGAAGAAGACGGGAGUUCACACAGACCUGACAUGGGAGAGGAUAUUCCAAGCCACCAUCACCGGCCACCUGGGAGUAUCCACCAAGGUCAGCUCAGCACUCACCGUGGGGGGUAUCGACGGCCCGCGGCAUGUCUUCUGCGUCUACUCCCGGGACUUCACAGACAAGGUGGAGGUGAUGGAACUCGAAGCCAGGCUGCGGAAGCUGGGCAUCCGCUGCCAGCUGACCUACAAGCCCGAUGCCUUCUCCUACCUGGGCGUGUACCGGGGGAAUGAGUGGGGACUCAAGCCAACCAUCUACACAAGUGAGUUUGACGUCCGAAAGAACCGUUCCAUCAUAACGUCGACGUAUGAGUGAAGAUCUGCCCAAUUCAAUCUUGCCCCUACGUGAACUGCAUGUUGCACAGGCUUUGAACCACACAUAGGGCCUGACUUCCCUGCCAGUUUGGUAUGUCAAAAAGGAAAGGGUCAUUCGAGACCAAAGUGCAAAUUGGUUUAUGGCUGUGUUGAUGAGGACAUAGACCUCACAUGCAUUUUCUUUGUUUCUGUAAGGUGUUGGAAGCACUUUUUGUUGAGCAUGAGUUUUUAAAUACUGAACUGGCUUGUUGUUUUGGGUGUCGGUCACUUCGCCCCAUUUUCACUUCCCCCCUUACCACUUCGCCUCUAACCACUUCGCCCCAUUACCACUUCGCCCCAUUGAUUAUCAUUCAUUUUGUUCUUCAGUGACAGACGCAUAGGCCUGGAUUCAACAAGUAAGAUCUUUAUCUGAUCUUCCGGGUACAGCUGUCUGGAUGCAUCGACAAUUACCAGAAUUAUGUUAACAGAAUUGUAUGUGUUGCUUUUAAAAAAAUUGAAGAGGAUGAGAAAUAACCCCGAUGCUAGUCCAACCAUGCAUUAAUUCAUCAUAAUGGAUAAUGCAGUAGACAUUAAUUUAAUGCCGUAGACUUUUCUAUAGUAACUACGUGUCGUUUGUGGAACUCCUCUCUCGACCAUUUUUUGAAGAGGCUUGUAACACACUCAAAACAGAUGGCAAAGUAGAAAU